UAUAGAACGCUAGAUGGCCCUAAAGAAAGCUAAGUGCAGACUCAAUUUUACGAAAUCUAUACACGUGGGUAUGGAAAGGUUCUGAAUUCGUCCAUCAAAGCGCAACCGGAUUAGCUGCGACAUUUAUAAUAUUUGCCGUCGACUAAGAAGAAAUGAGUGAUAAAGAAGAAGCGAUGGAUGAUUGCGUUCGUUUUAAUGACGAAGAAAUGAAAGAAGAAGAUGAUGACAGCGAGUGUUAUGAGAACCUUGACGAAGAAAGUGACAGUGACUCUGAAGAUGAUGACAAUGACAGCCAAGAUGAAGGUGACGCGGUGGAAGAAGAUGUAUUACAAGGACCACAGCAAACUUACUUACCUGGGAAACCCUUGGAGGAAGGAGAAGAGCUUGUGUGUGAUGAGAAUGCCUAUCUCAUGUUUCACAAAGCCAAUACUGGUGCUCCUUGUCUUAGUUUUGACAUAAUUCCUGAUGGUUUGGGAGCUGAGCGCACUGACUUCCCGCACACAGCUUAUUUGUUAUCUGGAACACAGGCGUCAACUGAAUUCACUAAUCGCCUUAUUGUCAUGAAAAUGUCAAAUAUGCAAAAAACUCAACCUGAAUCAGAUAGUGAAGAUAGUGAUGAAGAAGAUGAAGAGACCACAAUGAAACCAGAUCUUGAAUGUGCUAUUAUCCACCAUCAGGGAUCUGUGAACAGAGUCAGGAUGUGUGUAGUUGGUGAUAAGCCUCUUGCAGCUUCAUGGUCAGAGACGGGUAAGGUUUACCUGUGGGAUCUAACUCACCCACUGAAAGCUGUAAAUGACCCAGUAUUGUUGAAGACCUAUGUUGAAAAUAAAGAAAGUCCCAGACCACUGUUUACUUUUAAAGGUCACACAACAGAAGGUUUUGCAAUGGAUUGGUCUGUGCCAAUGCCCGGUGUUCUUGCGACCGGUGACUGUAAAAAGAAUAUUCAUAUUUGGAAACCAAGUGAAGGUGGUCUUUGGGUAGUAGAUCAGCGCCCUCUUGUUGGCCACAAUGCCUCAGUAGAAGAUUUGCAAUGGUCACCAAAUGAACCAAAUGUCCUUGCGUCAUGUUCCGUCGAUCGCAGCAUCCGUAUUUGGGACACAAGAGUACAGCCGGGUAAAGCUUGCAUGCUCACUGCCGCGAACGCCCACGAAAAUGACAUCAAUGUUAUCAAUUGGAACAAACGAGAACCUUUCAUCUUAUCAGGAGGCGACGAUGGAAAGUUACAUGUAUGGGAUUUGCGCCAAUUUCAGGCUGGAACCCCAGUUGCGACGUUCAAGCAUCAUACUGCGCCGAUCACUUCCGUAGAAUGGCAUCCAACAGACUCAACUGUAUUUGCAUCAGCUGGAGCUGAUGAUCAAAUAGCAUUAUGGGAUUUGGCUCUGGAAAAAGACGAAGAAGUGGCUGGUUCGAAUGUAGAGCCCGAACUUGCAGAUUUACCGCCUCAACUACUGUUCAUCCACCAGGGGCAAAAGGAAAUUAAAGAACUGCAUUGGCAUCCACAAAUUCCAGGCAUGCUAAUUAGCACAGCCAUUACUGGUUUUAAUAUAUUCAAAACUAUUAGCGUGUGAGUAGUGAGUAGUGGAUGGUGGUGAGUAAUGAAAAUAUCUUGAUUUCCCCACAUGAAUUACAAAACCGCAUCUAUGUUAAUUAAAUGUCUCAUUGUUGGUCGACCGUGCGGGCAAUUCUAAUAAAAAAAAAUAUUAAAUAUCA